CAUAAAAAAAAACAGCACACCACCGUUGCAACCAUUCACAUUUCCCUUCCCUUUCUCGGAAUCAAAAAACCCCCAAUUUCCCUCUUCCCUCAGAAACCCUCGUUUCAUCAAUUUUCCCAAUCUCCCAUCUCAAACAAAUCCAAUUCCAAAUUCUUCCAUUCCCAAUUUUCAGCAUCCCCAAUUCCCAAACCCUUUUCCCCAAUUGUUCCGCCGUUCAAUUUCGCACCCCAAAAUUCAACCCAAAUCUUUAUCAAACCCUAGAAGAAUUAUUGUUCGAAUUCUCGGUCGUGGAUGGGCACAAUCAAGGGGCGGAGAGAAGCCCCCAAAUCCAUCUCCCUCCUCCAUUCCUCCUCCGGUUCCUCGCCGGUGACGACGGCAUCGACGUCGCGCACCGAGACGGUGAAUGGGUCCCACGAGUUUAGGAUCAGCGGGUUCUCGCUCGCCAAGGGCAUGGGGAUCGGGAAAUACAUAGCUUCCGAUACGUUCAUGGUCGGCGGCUACGAGUGGGCGAUUUACUUCUAUCCCGACGGUAAGAGCCCGGAGGACAACGCCACCUACGUCUCGCUCUUCAUCGCGCUCGCCAGCGACGGCACCGACGUUCGGGCUUUGUUCGAGCUGACGCUCUUGGACCAGAGCGACCGAGGGAGGCACAAGGUCCAUAGCCACUUCGACCGAGCGCUCGAGAGCGGUCCGUACACGCUCAAGUACCGAGGAAGCAUGUGGUGCGUGUUGCUUAUUUUGGGUUAUAAACGCUUCUUUAAGAGAAGUGUUCUGGAGACAUCAGACUACCUCAAGGAUGAUUGUCUUUCCAUCAAAUGUUGUGUUGGGGUUGUCAGGUCAAAUACAGAGGGACCUAAGAUAUACUCCGUUACAGUGCCAUCAUCAAAUAUCAGUAACGAUUUUGGAAAGAUUCUAGAAAGUGGAAAGGGAAGUGAUGUGAGUUUUGAAGUUGAUGGAGAAGUAUUUGCUGCUCACAAGUUGGUGCUUGCAGCGCGCUCACCAGUAUUCAGAGCACAACUUUUUGGUCCAUUGAAGGAUAAAAACACUCGGUGCAUAAAAAUAGAAGACAUGGAGGCUCCGGUGUUUAAGGCAUUACUUCAUUAUAUAUACUGGGAUUCCCUUCCAGACAUGCAAGAGCUUGUGGGUAUGAACUCAAAAUGCGCAUCUACAAUGAUGGCUCAGCAUCUCCUUGCAGCAUCAGACCGAUAUGCCCUUGAGAGGCUCAGAUUGCUCUGUGAGGGUAAACUUAGUGAGGAUAUUUCAAUAAACACUGUUGCAACAACAUUAGCCUUGGCAGAGCAACACCACUGUUUCCAGUUGAAAGACGCGUGUCUUAAAUUCAUCGCGUUGCCUGAAAAUUUAAAAGCUGUGAUGGAAACAGAGGGCUUUCAAUACUUGAAGGAGAGUUGCCCUUCUGCCCUUACUGAGCUGCUCCAAUAUGUCGCAAGGAUUGGGGAGCAUUCUGUCAUUGCCAGUGGGUACGGCAAGGUAACUUUGUUAGACGGCAGCGAUGUUAACAGGAGGCGGGUGAAGCCAAGAUUGUAUUGAUUGAUUGUGAGACACAAUGGCAUCAGUCGCACUCGCCCAUAAUAAAAGAGAGCGCACUAGGAUCUAGACAUUUUUCAUUCUACUAACUGACUAAUUCAUGUGGAAAGAAAGGUGGUUUGUAUGGGUUUCCAGUAUUUUUUUUCUUUUUAAUUGUGAAGUAUUGUUUUGCUUUGUAUUAAGCUGUGAAUCUUCUUUUUCUCCGUAAAUUUGUGUGCAGUUUAUGCUGUUAGACUUUGAUCAUUCAU